UUACUACCUAUCUUAUUAAGUCUGAUACAUAUUACAUAGGUAAUUGUAAUUGUAUUUUAUUUGGACAUUUUUUUUUUAUCAUAAUAUCUAAUGAAUAAAGAUAAGAAUGAGUCCGUUUUAAAUUCUAAUAAUGGUUCAUAUCCCGAAGAAAUUGUUGGGAAGUACUUAAUGGAAUCGCCUGUAUAUGGUAACAAAAAAUUAAACAGUACUCAGAACCAGCAGCGUAAGAAGAAGAAAGUUUUAAAAACAAUACGUUUACAUAAAUUGUCGGCCUCCAGAAGAAGACAAUGCCCAUCAAAUACAUCAUAUCAAACCACUCAUACUAGCCAUACUGGAACCCAAUCAAACAGAUCAAAUGUUAAUAGCUUACUAAUUAACGAUCAUAUAUUGCGUAUAAAAAAACUGGAAAAUAAACUUACUGAAGCACAUAUGAAAGCGCGUGAACUGAUCGUAGAAAACCGUUUAUUGAAAACAUUUGAGAAGCGGCACGAAAAUGCAUUAUCUAUGUAUGAAGGUAAACAAGCCAAGCUACCACAAGUAAUUAAAUCAUAUGAAGAUGAAAUACGCACAUUAAAAAGCCAAAUGCGUCAUAUUAAAAUUGCAUUUAAAGAAAUGGAAAAUAGAUAUAAGACACAGAACAUCGAAUUAAUAUCCUUAGAAAAACAGUACAAACACAUUUUAGGUUUAUCUCAGAAUAAACAGCUUAUUAAAAAAGAAAAACUAUCUGAUCAAUUAGAAGAAGCACAAAGUACAAUAAAAAAACAAGAUGAUAAAAUUUUGAAUAUUACGAAAAACUUAGAACUUCAAAAUAAAUCUCAUAGGUAUCAUAUAAACGUAGAACAUAUUAAAAUCAAAGAAUUACAAAAUGAAAUCAAACGUUUAGAAGAUGAAAACAAAAAUCUAAGAUCAUAUUUGGAUAAACUUAAAAAUAAAAAUCAUAGUUCAAGACAAAGUUUUACAAAGGGAAUAACUGAAGACUCAAUAAGCAUAAAUGUAUUAAAGCCUACACCAACAAUACGUGAUGGACAAGGUGAUGAAAUAGAUGAAUCUUUUUACAAAACUAAUGUGUCAAUAUCCCUUAAACCAGAAUCAGUCUAUGAAGAUCGUGAAGAAAACGGCAGAUAUUCAACAAAAAAAACUAUCAAAUUAAUACAAUUAAGCAGAUAAAAAAGAAUACAAUAAAACCAUCAAGUACUUUGAUAAAUAAAGAAUCAUACUCAUUGUAACAAUUAUAAAUAUAAAUAUGUCACGUGACACCCAUGUAUAUAAUACGAAAUCUACCUUAUGUACGAUUAACUGUUGACUGAUACAUUAAAAUUAAAACACACACGUAAUUAGUAAAGCAGUUCACU